AAGUCCUAUCCUAUUGGCUGCUCGUGACGCGUGAACGCGCUCAACUGCGCACUGCAGACGUAGAGUCUGCCCGCCGUCCAUUUCCAUGUCGACGCGGCAAAAGUCCUUUUUUGACCAGGACCAGAAGCCAAAGCAAUAUCGAGGCCAAUGGAACCGCUCGCGCAACGGCGCCUUCCCCCACCAUCACAGUAAUCAGAACCCACCCGUGACGCGACAGAUAGUUACGGGUCCUCCCAUAAUGCCGUCAACUCAGACGCGUACCAAACUCAAGGCCUUUCAAUUCAUCGAAGGCGUGCCAUCUGUCGCCAAUGCCAAGGAACGCGAGGCUGAGAAAGAGAAUCUGCAUAGUGUGUCAGGAAAAGGGUCCAAGUCAAUGGGAACCCCAAAGGCGAGCAAGACUCCGAUAGACAUCGGAACUGGUAACAAGACUCCGAAAUUGCCCACUGUUGUAGACUGCCCGCCACCGUCAACACCGGCCACCACGAGACUACCGCUGGCGGAUCUUGUCGGUAACGUCGAUGAUUCCUCAAGACGUGUGCCGCCGCCCGUGGCCUCUCCAGAGGAGCAAUUAAUAUGGAGAGGCUCGCAAGCGGUAAACACUCCGUUGCCACGAAAGAACAAGAAGCGCGCUAGGAGUUCCUCACCCGUCGGCCCCUCCCAAGAAGAAUCCAGGCAAGACAUCACAACGCCCCAGGCCGAUCCAGCCAUGGAACUUUGGUCACGAUACACAAACAGCAAGGGAACUCCCACUGCCAAUAGAAGUGUAGCAUUUGCUCACCUUAUCAACGAGUCCUCACCAAGGUCUGCCGCUGCUGCAGGAAGCGUGAGUGGGCUUCGAAGAUGGGCCAGCUGUGGCGUUGAGUUUCCCGCAUCCAAUAGAAAGAAAAGGAGGACGCACGGUGUAUUUCAAGCCGAAAAGGAGAUUACCGAGGACGUGUUUGCUGAUGUUCCGAGUUCAGAUGGUAUCAUGCUUGGGCAGCCCACCAAGCCAAACAUUGCCAGCAUGGUAAAGCGGAUGCGAGAAUGCGUAUCAAAAUCAGAGUCUCGGUUGUCUUCACAAUUGCCAUCGAGUUCAUCACCGCUACCCCGGGCUGGUGAUCAUCAAGACUCAUCGUCCGGCUCUCCUGUGCAGCGGCGUCCUCGGGACCAAGAUGUGGUCACUUCAGAAAUUCUGCAACACGUAUCGACUUCACUGGGAGACAUUCUCGAUGAAGAUGACGAACAUGUGCAACACGAGGAACUUGCAAAUGCUAAGCAGACCAGACCUGCCCCACUCGAAGCAUCCCCGGAAUCAUCUGAUGAUUUUGGAGACGACGAUUUUGAUGCGGACUUGGUAGAAGCCUUGGAUGUCUCGACCCAGGAAGUUAGCCAGCUAACCCACUCUACCAACAAUAUCAACACAUCUCGCCACCCUGUAACCGCACCCCAACAACCACAGCCAGCUGCAGCAGCUCCCUCAAAGACUGGAAGCGACGACGAGUUUGGAAUGGAUGAUGAAGACGACUUUGCCGCUGACCUAGAGCAAGUGGCAUCACUGUAUGACACGAGGUCGAUGGAAUCCCUAACAGCUGAUCCAGCCCCAACAGCAGACAAGGUGCCAUCUGCGGCUACCAAAGAUACGGCAUCAACUACAGUCAUUAGUCUGAUAGACGACGAUGAUGAAUUCGAUGAAGAUAUUGAUGCUGACGAAUUUGCCGCUGCUGAAGUGGCUGCUACGCAAGCACCAGCAAAUACUAGUCAACAGGACAAUAGGGCCAUUCAGCGUUAUCUGGUGAAGAGGGUAGAUGAAAGCUCCUACACGACUGACCGUGGCUACCAGAUGCCCGAGAAAGUUCUCAUGGUUGAAGAAGAGAAGACGAAGCUGUUCAAAGCCAUCAUUCUGCGGCAAGCUUGGUUUGACACGCCUUGCACAGCUGGCUCAUUUGUACAUGUCAUAGGGGAGUUUACAAGUGGCGGACAGUGUGUUGUAGAUGAUCAUAACAAUAUGCUUAUCUUGCAUCCAGACCACUUGAUCUCAUCAACUGUUGUUGCAGAUUCGUUUGGCUGUCUUCGACGAGCAGUGCUUCAGGAUCGUGUAAAAGCAACGAGCAGAGCCAAUGCACCAAUGUUGUACGGCACGCUUCUGCACGAACUCUUCCAAGAAGCCAUGAAGGCGAACAAAUGGGAUACGACUUUUCUUUUGCAAACGAUUGAAAAACUCCUACCAAGCCACUUGGAGGCCAUACUAGAGAUCAACUCAACGUGCGAAGACGUCAAGGAGCACAUGAGUAGCAAGUUGCCUGAGCUGCAGGCUUGGGCCAAGAUCUUUGUCUGCGCGGAGCCCCAAGCUGAUGCCGUUGUUCGAGAGCGAAACGGGCGGCAGUGUACUAUGAGCAUCAACAAACUCCUCGACGUCGAGGAGCACGUUUGGUCUCCCAUGUACGGGUUAAAAGGCAAUAUCGAUGCUACUGUCCAAGUCACAAUGCGGGACGAUCAGGGCGAACGAACCCUGACCGUACCGUUUGAAGUAAAGACCGGGAAGAACUCGUCGAAUGCUGCUCAUGUUGCGCAAACCGCACUGUAUAACCUAUUGUUGUCUAAUCGAUACGAUGUUAAUAUUGCAUACGGCAUUUUGUAUUACCUUGAGACUUCCGACAUUAGCCGCAUUCCUGCUAUUCGUAACGACAUUAUUCAUAUGAUUAUCAAACGGAAUGAGUUGGCCUGCUAUGUUCGCGAUCGGAUCGAGCUUCCACCAGUGCUGAAGGAAGACUUCAAGUGCCAAAAGUGCUAUGCACAGGAGGCAUGCUUUCUUUAUCACGACCUCGUCGAAGAAGGCAAAGGCGAUAUGCUGAACAAAAAGGCAAAAGAGCGAUACGACGAACUAGUAGCGCCACUCCAAUCUUCCCAUCGAGAAUUCAUGAAGAAGUGGGACACACUCUUGACCAAAGAAGAGACGGACAUGAUGAAGUUUCGGCGAGAGCUCUGGACGAUGCUUAGUACAGAACGUGAAAAGUUGGGU